GGGAAUUGCAGUCCCUGCUCCGCUCUGUCCGGUCACUGGACUUUUUGCCCUCUGUUCCGGGGUCCCUCAGGCGGCCACCCAGUGGGCACAAGCCCAGGCGGCGCUCUGACCCCGCGCUUCUUCCCUCUGCCUUUCAUUCCCAGCUGCCAACAUCCUGGAAGCUUUGAAGCGCAGCAAAGAAGAGAAAUCCAUUGAGAACAGUCUGUAAAGGUAUCCGGGAAUACCUGCCUGCUUAGACCCUCUAGAAAACUUGUGUGCAUCCUGCCUCCUGAGGACUCUGAAGACGUAGCAGUCUUCUGAAAGUUGACGAAAUGUCAUUCAGAUUCGGCCAACAUCUCAUCAAGCCUUCUGUGGUGUUUCUCAAGACGGAACUGUCCUUCGCUCUUGUUAAUAGGAAACCUGUGGUACCAGGACAUGUCCUCGUGUGUCCGCUGCGGCCAGUGGAGCGCUUCCGCGACCUGCGUCCUGAUGAAGUGGCUGAUUUGUUUCAGGCGACCCAGAGAGUUGGAACAGUGGUGGAGAAACAUUUCCACGGGACUUCUCUCACAUUUUCCAUGCAGGAUGGCCCCGAAGCCGGACAGACUGUGAAGCACGUUCAUGUCCACGUUCUUCCCAGGAAGGCUGGAGACUUUCACAGGAAUGACAGCAUCUAUGAUGAGCUCCAGAAACACGACAAGGAAGAGGAGGACUCCCCGGCCUCUUGGAGAUCAGAGGAGGAAAUGGCAGCAGAAGCUGCAGCUCUGCGGGUCUACUUUCAGUGACGCAGAUCCUGAAUGCCAUCAAAAGGGCUAAUGCCAACCACUUUGAAGCCCACCCCCAAGAGGAACUGAAUCAGCAUGAGAAUGCAGUUUCUACAUCUCCCCAUCCUGUGACUUCAUCCUGCAUUCUUCAACCAGUGAGCCCCAACCUCAGUCACUCCAAACCCUUUUAAAUACCUAGGUCUAAACUGCUCAGAUAGGCAGAUUUGAGGUUUCCUCCCAUCUCCUUAUUCAGCAGCCUUGUGAUUAAACUUCCUUCUCUG